UUAUAUUACAACGUGAUUUUAACUAUCCCUUCAUGACACUGGCACACCGCUAAAAUGAAACAGUUUUUAAAACAGGCGUUCGUAGUAAGCGGAGCAGCGCUGAACAUCGCCGGUCAUGGCUGUGCUCAUGGCUUUCCAGCUGUACUGUUCGCACAACUUAGCGACACGCGACAACCACUGCACCUUACCGCACACGACAUGUCGUGGAUAGCCUCAGCGGUCGGCGCCAUGGGUAUCGUCGGCAACUUCAUAUCACCCGUCUUGAUGUCGCGUUUCGGCCGACAGAAGGCGAACCUGAUCUCCAUCGUACCUGCUUUACUCGGCUGGAUAGUUUUCGUCUUAGCCAACAGUGUUCCCAUGUUCCUUAUAGCCAGGCUCCUACAUGGUCUAGCAUUAGGCUUAAGGACUCCUCUGGCAGCUAUUCUAGUAGCAGAAUAUACGGACCCGAAAUACAGAGGCGCUUUCUUAGGAACGUUCGCUAUAUCUUUAGGUCUAGGGAUAUUUUUAUCCCAUCUUUGGGGAGCUCAUUUGACAUGGAAGGUGACUGCUAUGGUAUGUGCUGUUUUCCCAGUGAUAGCUUUAGGAAUUAUUAGUUUGUCACCAGAAUCACCAAGCUGGUUGGUGUCGAAGGGAAAAUAUGAUGAGGCGAAGAAAGCAUUCAGGUGGUUAAGAGGCAAUGGGGUGGAGCAACAAGCAGAAUUAGAAGCCAUGAUAGAGGCACAGAAAAGAGAAACGUUAGUUGCAGAAGAGAAACGUGUGGAGAAACGGUUUUUGAAGAGAUUCGUCGACUCUUUAAAAGAGGUGUUGAAGAUCUUCAGGAAAGUGGAGUUUUAUAAACCUUCAAUAAUAGCUAUAAGCAUGUUGAUUGUAUUUGAGUUCGGAGGAGCUCAUAUGAUUCCAGCAUAUGGAAAUGAGAUCUUGAAAGCAGUUUUAGAUAAGAAAGACGCUAGCGAGGUAGUCUGGCAAUUCACUGUUAUCGAUUUACUUAGAACAGUGUGUGCAUUUUUCGCUAUAUUCCUCUUGAAAAUCUUUAAACGAAGAACUAUUCUUUUUACCAGUGGGAUUAUGACUGUGUUAUCUUUAACUUUAAUAUCAGUAUUUGUAUAUUUGAGACAGGCUGAUGUCUUCUCAAGCUCUUUAUUUUUAGACGCAGCUCCAAUGACAUUAAUGUUUCUUUAUACAUUAUCGUUUUGUUUAGGUUUAGUUCCAUUAACUUGGGUUAUAUGCGGUGAAGUAUUUCCAUUGGCUUAUAGAAGUUUAGGAUCUACGUUAUCUACGUCAUUCUUGACUCCAGCAUUUGUGGUCUCUAUGAAGACUGCUCCUCAUCUGUAUUCCUCGAUUGGAGUUCAAGGAGCUUUCUUAGUAUAUUCAGCUCUAUUAUCAGUGUGCCUUAUUAUAAUUUAUGCCUUAUUGCCAGAGACAAAAGAUCGGACUUUGCAAGACAUUGAAGAUAGCUUUAAAGGCAAACGGGAAAAGGACGUAGAGUGUGAAAUGAGUCUUAUGGGCAAAGAUAUGCUCUAGUGAGAGAGAAGCUAUAA